ACUGAAGGAAUCCUGAUCUUUGGCUCGACUCAUCUCCGUCUGGCGUGUGUCUAACCACUCCCUGCGAAAACCGGAGCACUAAUUGUAGGUUCGUAUACUUCCAAGGCUUUUUGUUGACAGAAGUCAAAUGGGUGAGAGAAAUAGAGGGAGAGACAGAAGGAGGGAGUGCGAGCGAGCGAAUCGGAGAGUUUUAGUGCGAGGAGUUAAUUGACAGUAUUAUUAAAAGACGCGCAAGUGCUAAGGUGGAUAAGAAGACGUUUAAGAAGACUUCGGUUGCUUCCUACACUUUAUAAUAUUAUUUAAAAAACGGACCGGGAAGUAGACAGAAAAUUUCAAGGAAACCUGACGUUAUGAUCACAAGCAAAGUGCAGCGCCCUCUGUGAAAAAGUGCCGAGGAGCAAGCGGAGUUUAUCUCGCAGCUGCUGUCUCUGCUUACGACUGAAGGAUUUCUUAUCUCGGAAGCGAUUUCUUAUCUCCCUCAGAUACAAUCAUCACAGCAAGUUGAAACAAAACAAUCAGAAAAACAAAAUCCAUCAUGGAUAAAGACAUUAGGAGAGCAGCAGGAAGAAACAAACAUGUUGUGCUAUUUCACAUUUUCCAACUUCUUUUGGGACUCCUGCUUGUUAGCACUCUGCCUACAGACACCUUGAAGCAAAACAUCCCGAGGCUCAAGCUGUCCUACAAAGAACUGCAGUUUUCAAAUAGUUGUGUACCAUUUCUGGGAUCAGCUGAAGGGCUUUACUUCCAGACCCUACUACUGGAUGAGGAAAGGGGGCGUUUGUUACUAGGAGCCAAAGAUUACAUUUUUUUGCUUAGUUUGGAUGAUCUAAACAAGAACCCUCAGAAGAUACACUGGCCUGCAUCAAAAGAAAGAGUGGAAAUGUGCAAAUUAGCUGGAAAAAAUUCACAUACAGAAUGUGCUAACUUCAUCAGGGUAUUGCACCACUAUAACAAGACUCACGUUUAUGCUUGUGGCACAGGAGCAUUUCACCCAGUUUGUGGGUUUGUUCAGGUUGGAAGUCGUGGAGAGCAGGAAUCCAUAAUUCGUCUACAUGCAGAAAGUCUGGAGUCUGGUAGGCUGAAGUGUCCCUUCGAUCCAAAGCAGCCUUUUGCCUCCGUAUUGAUAGAUGAGUUUCUUUACGCUGGAACAGCAUUUGACUUCUUAGGCAAGGAUUCUGCAUUCACCCGCUCUCUAGGAAGUCAGCAGCAGCAGCAACAUUAUAUUAAAACUGAUGUUUCUGAACAUAACUGGAUAAAUGAGGCUAAAUUUAUUGAGGCAUAUUCAAUACCAGACACAUACAAUCCAGAUGAUGAUAAAAUCUACUUCUUUUUUCGGGAAGCCAGCAAAGAUGAUGGUACAACUGACAAGACUGUUUAUUCAAGAGUGGGUCGAGUAUGCAAGAAUGACAUAGGAGGUCUAAGAAGUCUAACCCAGAAAUGGACCACAUUUCUAAAAGCCAGAUUAAUCUGCUCAAUUCCUGGACCAGAUGGUGUUGAUACACAUUUUGAUGAAUUACAGGACAUUUUUCUUCUGUCAACAAAAGAUGAAAGAAAUCCUAUAGUUUAUGGAUUGUUUACUACAACAAGCUCUAUUUUCAAAGGCUCUGCAGUCUGUGUAUAUAAUAUGGCUGAUAUUCGCGCUGCAUUUAAUGGUCCAUAUGCUCAUAAAGAAGGACCAAAUCAUCGAUGGAUUGAAUAUGAAGGGAAGAUACCAUAUCCACGUCCUGGAACAUGUCCCAGCCGAACCUAUGACCCACUUAUCAAGACAACUAAAGAUUUUCCAGACGAUGUUAUCACUUUUAUAAAAUACCAUCCAAUGAUGUAUAAACCUGUUUAUCCAAUGGGAGGAGAGCCUGUGUUUGCAAGAACUAAUGUAGACUACAAGUUUACACAAAUUGUUGUGGACCGAGUUGGAGCAGAAGAUGGGCAGUACAAUGUUAUGUUUUUGGGAACAGAUGUGGGCACUGUUCUGAAGGUAGUGAGUGUAACAAAAGAGAACUUGGUCACAGAGGAAGUUGUACUUGAGGAACUCCAAGUGUUUGCGGCACCUUCUCCUAUUUUCAAAAUGGAAAUUUCUUCUAAACAGCAACAGUUAUACAUUGGCUCCAGAGAUGGACUGGUACAACUUUCACUUCACAGAUGUAAUAUUUAUGGAAAAGUUUGCGCAGAAUGCUGUUUAGCACGAGACCCAUAUUGCGCAUGGGAUGGAUAUUCUUGUUCAAGAUACAUACCAGCUUCUAAAAGAAGAGCAAGAAGGCAGGACAUAAAGUAUGGAGAUCCUGAAAGUCAGUGCUGGGAUUUUGAAGAAAAUUUGAAAAACGAGCAAUCAGAAGAAAAACUGCUCUUCGCUGUAGAGUAUAACUCAACUUUUCUAGAGUGCAUUCCUAAAUCACAGCAAGCCAACAUAAGGUGGUUCCUUCAAAAGGCGGGUACUGAUCAUCAAGAAGAGGUAAAACUUGAUGACCGAGUUAUAAAAGUAGAACUGGGCUUAUUGAUUCGAACAUUGCAAAAAAAAGAUGCCGGAAUGUAUUACUGCAAAGCCCAAGAUCACACAUUUACACAUACUAUAAUUAAAAUUAAUUUAAAAGUAAUUGAAAAUGAGCAAAUGGAAAAUACACAGAGUAAAACAGAAGAUGAAGAAGGGCGACAUAGAGAUGUUACUCCUGAAUUCCGUUACAGAUACAAGGACUAUCUCCAGCUUGUCAGCAGCCCUUCAUUCACAUUGGAUGAUUACUGUGAGCAAAUGUGGCACAGAGAGAAAAGACGGCAAAAAAAUAAGGGAUCAGCCGGCAAAUGGAAACACAUGCAGGAAAUGAAGAAAAGCAGAAAUCGGAGACAUCACAGCCAAUACUCAACAAAGAAUGGAGAGGGUACAGAGACAUAAAAUUUAGAUGUUUUAUUCUUUCUAAAAAUUAAUCAAAUUUUUGUGUAGUUUCCUUCAGCAGCGGCAUAAAAAUCAUACUCAAAAAUGUGUUACUAGACAGGAUUAAUUUGAAGUAAUUCAAGGUAGGACACUUCAUAUGAUUUUUUUCUGCAUUGUAAAGGUAGUAGUAUGUUCACACGUUUGUUAUUAAAAAUGUAAAUAUUUUAAUAAUUUGUAAAGAGAACAACAUCUUUUGGAAGAUGUGAGGAUCCUUUCUGACACUUGGCUUUACAGGCUAAGAAAACUUUUGUAUGUUAUAAUGUAUAAUGUCAUUAAUAUUAUUAUUAUUAUUUUUAUUGUUACGACUACACUCUUAGUAUGUCAAAUGAAUUGUUGUUGGUGUCAUUUGUUGUAUAAAUAUAUGUGGUUAAGAACUGCUUUUGUAAUUGUCAUGGUACAUUAAAUUAGGAUUUUUUUACUUAUCGUUUAUAAUAAUGUUUGUUUCAUUAAAAAUAAAAAAGUUGUUUUGUACACCACAGAA